AUGAAGGUCCAGACUGCGACUAUGGUCGCUUCUUCUGUUUCGGCUGUUACGCUAGCGGCUUGCAUGGUGGCAAUGUUUUCUAUCUAUUCGGAGGUAGCUGGAUUCUGGGUUGAUCUUGAGAGGGAGCUCGGUAACUUCAAGGUAACAACUGACGAUAUGUGGAAAGAUAUCAUGAGUGUUGGUGCAGCUAGAAGAGUUCGCCGACAACAAGAACAACAGUACGAAAGCGAAGCUAUAAAUACCCCAACCCAGACCGGAGCAGCACCGGCAACACCUGUCAACAACCCUCCUGCUACUCCACCCGCACUGGCUGGAAGUAACUCAAAAUGUAACUGCAAUGCCGACAAUAAAUGCCCACCUGGUCCUCCUGGUCCCAAGGGAGCUCCAGGAACACCUGGCCCUGAGGGAUACCCUGGUGUGGACGGAAAACCGGGAGUGCAUGCGGAAGAUAUAGCGCCUCAGCGAGACACUAGUGGCUGCUUCAACUGCCCAAGUGGUCCGCCUGGACCACCAGGAGCCCUCGGUCGCCCUGGUCCUCGCGGACUUUCUGGACCAAAGGGCCAAAACGGUAACCCUGGCCGAGAUGGAUUGCCCGGUAUUUCUGGAGAGCAAGGACCUGAUGGUCCACUUGGAAAAAUGGGUGAAUCGGGACCUCCAGGAGAGAAUGGAAGAGAUGCAGACCAUCCUAUUGGUAGACCAGGACCAAAGGGAGAACGUGGAGACGCUGGUUCGCCUGGACCAGUUGGACAAAACGGCAUGACUGGAGCCCCUGGUCGAUCUGGACCUCCUGGUCCUCCUGGACAGCCUGGAUUCCAAGGACCACGAGGCAUUGAUGGACGUCAAGGUGAUGAAGGUGUAGAAGGAAGACCUGGAAAAGAUGCAGAAUACUGCUCUUGUCCUGAUCGCGGUACCGAUGCUGCUGUUCGCAAUGGAUAUGAACAUCUCAACUGA